CGUGUGUGUGUGUGGAUUGUGUUCAUCUUUAACCUGCCAGCACUGUAGCCCCCCUGCGUUGCGUUGGCGCUGCGGAUCUAGCUGACAAGAACAAGAGCCAGCUCACAGCCGUGGAAACAAGCGAAUCAAUUUAGGGGAGAGACAGAUAGCGAGGUUGUGGAGGGGGGGGAAAGGCACGAUCGCAGAGGGGGCACGAAAGGGAGAGAGGGGACGCAGACAUUACGCCGCAUGCAGACGCCGAACAUUAAAGUAAGAAGCAACAGCCUCCGCAGUGACGGCUCGUUCUCAAGGACCUCUCCCUCCUAACUUGAUAGCUACUUUUUUUGUGAAUGUUAUGGGAGCAGAAGUGCAGGACUUCUUUCAGUGAAAUAUCGAAAAAUCAAGUCUGAUUCCCAAGACAGUAUGAGCAAAGUUAAGUAGGUAGCUUUACUUACCAAUCGUUACUGUAACAGUUCAAGUUUUUGACUCUUCAACACAGAAAAAGUCAGAUAAAACCAUGAAUGUCGAGAGAAGCACUUAACCUACCCUUUUUGGAGGUGACUAAUCAAUAUUCCAGAAUUAGGGGUGGGUCAUGACUCAGUUGCCAUGCGUCUUGUCAUGGUGACCAGCCCCUGCACCCCUUUCCCCCUCCUCUGGUUGGUCCAGCUCCUGUUGUGGUUUCACCACCAUGGACCCCAGCUGACAGAGGCGGCACCACCGUGCCCCAACCCCUGCACCUGUUCCAACCAGGCGAGCCGGGUCAUCUGUACAAGGAAGAAUUUGGAUCAAAUCCCAGACAGCAUUUCAGAAAACACAAGAUACCUCAAUCUACAAGAGAACUCAAUUCAGGUGAUCAAGUCUGACACAUUCAAGCAUCUGCGGCAUCUAGAAAUUCUCCAGCUCUCCAAGAACCACAUCCGGCAGAUUGAGGUGGGAGCUUUCAAUGGCCUCCCCAACCUCAACACGUUGGAGCUUUUUGACAACCGUCUUACAGUGGUACCAACUCAAGCUUUUGAGUACCUCAGCAAACUAAGAGAACUAUGGCUACGAAACAACCCCAUUGAGACACUGCCAGCCUUUGCUUUUAACCGAGUUCCCUCAUUAAGACGUCUGGAUCUGGGGGAACUCAGGAAGUUGGGUUUCAUCUCAGAGGCUGCCUUCGAAGGUCUGGUAAAUCUGCGUUUUUUGAAUCUCGGCAUGUGCGGCUUGAAGGACAUCCCUAACCUUACCCCGCUUGUUCGACUUGAGGAGUUGGAGUUAUCAGGGAAUCAGCUGGGGAUUGUCCGUCCUGGAUCAUUUCAGGGACUGGUGUCACUUCGAAAGCUUUGGCUGAUGCACUCCAGAGUGACUAUCAUUGAACGCAAUGCUUUUGACGACCUCAAGAACUUGGAGGAGCUCAACCUUUCCCAUAAUUCUCUGCAUUCUCUGCCCCAUGAUCUGUUCACCCCUUUGCACCAGUUGGAGAGGGUACACCUCAACCAUAAUCCCUGGGUUUGCAACUGUGAUGUCCUGUGGCUCAGCUGGUGGCUUAAAGAGACAGUUCCCAGCAACACCACGUGUUGUGCUCGUUGCCAUGCCCCACCAGGUCUGAAAGGGAAGUACAUUGGGGAACUGGAUCAGACCCACUUUGUCUGCUAUGCUCCGGUGAUUGUGGAGCCGCCCACUGAUCUGAAUGUCACUGAAGGCAUGGCCGCAGAGCUGAAAUGCCGUACCGGAACCUCUAUGACUUCUGUGAACUGGUUCACCCCAAACGGCACGCUGAUGACCCACGGAUCAUACCGAGUUAGGAUCUCAGUGCUUCAUGACGGAACACUGAACUUCACAAAUGUGACCGUGCAGGACACCGGGCAGUAUACCUGCAUGGUAACCAACUCCGCUGGGAAUACCACUGCAACCGCUGUGCUCAACGUCUCCGCUUCUGAUCCUAAUAACAGCUACAGCUAUUUCACCACUGUCACAGUUGAGUCGGUGGAGCCAAGAGAGGAGGAGAACUCAGCAAGACAGUAUGUGAAUGAGACCUUUGUUGGUUCCCCCAAGCCUCCUGGACGUGGAGGGGUAGUCGGUCUAUCUAGCAGCACUAUAUCGCCAUCUCUGUCUACUCUGUCGCCACUGUCACCCAGAACUACUGAAAAUUCAGUGACUGUGUCUCUAAUGGAUGUAACUAACAUUCCAGGCCUGGACGAUGUAAUGAAAACAACUAAGAUCAUCAUUGGUUGCUUCGUCGCCAUUACUUUUAUGGCAGCUGUGAUGCUGGUGGUCUUCUACAAACUCCGUAAGCAACACCAACUACACAAACACCACGGCCCUGCCAGAGCGAUUGAGAUUGUCAAUGUCGAGGAUGAAAUUGGAGCUGGGGCUGGAAGUGGCAUCUCUGGCGGUUCGACAAUAAAUUCUGGGACUGGUACGGAGGGAACCUUAAGAAUACAUCACCCGGAAGUAGUCAACCUUCCCAACAUCGGUCGCACGGAUACCCUAAACCAUUACUACAAGACACAUCAUUUCAACAACAAUGUGAUGGGUCUCAGUAUCACCGAGGGGAUGGGACCAGGUGGAAUCCUCAACAGCAAGAACCAACACGGCCAGGACAACCCCAUCUCCUGCACAUCAGUCCCAAUCUCUACAUCAAAUUUGCUCUCUGCAUCAGGCAACGGCACCAACACCAGCUCCAUGUCCCCACCGCUGCCGAUGUCUCUCCCCAUGCCAACUAUGGGUUUACAUGGAUCGAUCAAGGGUUUCAUGGGCCAAAACCAGAACCCCCAAAUGGAGCCGCUGCUCUUCAAGGGGAGCUCCAAGGAAAACGUCCAAGAGACCCAGAUCUAAAAACAAAAGCGAGUGAAGAGAGGGAGAGCGGGCAGGACUCAAAGACAGAGAGGGAAUUGAUGUCGGGUUAACGUGUGGAAUGAUAAGACACUAGAGCGCAUUGACUUUACACCAGGAGAGAGGAUAGACUGACACGGCAAUACACAAACACAUAGACUUAUCCGUGACGGUGUACUGAGCCAAGGAUUACCACAAUGGCCCAACUGUGUUUGUAGAAGCGACCAUGGCCAUGGAGAUCAAGGAGUGACCAUUGCUACAAUGUAAAUCUGUGCCAAAGCAAAUGUUUUUUGCAGUUUCUACAAGCUGUAUUCUCGUAGGAAAAAAGAGACAAACUAGUCUGUCAGAGUAAUUCAGUUCCCCAAUUGUUGUUGGCCAGCAGAGACAAAAGAUACGCACAGCACUUACCACACUGCAGAAUGGAGAUGUUUCAGAGUAAAAUACAAGAGACAUUUUUCUUCCACAAAAAAAAAUACAUGAGAAACACUCUCUCAAGUGACUCAACAGACUCCCUCAAGGUGAAAAUUAUGUAGGCAUAAUAGAUGGACAAAAAGGUACAGUGCAGUACAAACUACUGUGAAAAAUCCACAAAUAAUAUAAAUAUAUUUUCAUCUAAAUAUGUAUCAUUGCAGACUCCAAUGCAGACAUAUUUUGGGACGGAUGUAUAAGCCGGUAUAGUUUGUUUCUUCUUUGUGAAUAAUCAGGGGCGGUGACAGGUGGACGUUUGUUAUGUUUUAAAUUUGGCUACUUCUCAGAAACAUAAGGGCUCAAUUGCAACACUCAUUGUGAAUCUUUCAAUUGGCUUUCGUGACCAUUUAGGUUGUAGAACGGCAAACGCAGAUCUCCGUUUGACAAAUUUUCAUCUGUUGUUUCAGUAAUAAUAAUCAUUACGAUCUUUUUUGUGUUUUGAGAGUGUAUUAUGUAUUUUGUAAAAGCCAGCUAUGUGGUAUUUGAACUGGUAAAUUCUGACACUUAAAUGCCAGCGGCGAAUGAUGGUAAAAAUGCUGUUUCACCAAUAUGAUAAAUUAAUCCUGUAUGGAUAAAAAUAAAGUAUCGACAUUGUGUUAUUUGAAUCCGAUCAGUAGCCGGAUGAUUGCUUUUAGGCUGGAAUUUGAUACGACCUCUGUUCUCAUGCAGCAAAAUGCUGCCAUGAUGAUGAUUAGACAUCUUCAGCAGCAUUUAAGAAAAGGGAUUACGCAUCCAUAUUAGGAUGAUUGGAGUGAGUGAAAAAUGUACAGUAUAUUAAUAAAUAAUGUCUGGUUGUAUGACAAUUGUAAGAUCCACAUUUUUACAGUGUAACUUUCAUAUGUUAAAUGCCAUUUACGCUUCUUGCGUUUCAACUCUGUAUUACUUUAUUUUUGUUAGUUUGAUAUACUGUGUACAGUUGUCUAGCCAUGUGUCAUUACGUGUGAAAUAAAUCAAUCAUAUAUUGGGUUGUGGCGGGUCAAUAUGGCAACCACACGAGUAAGAACUGAGACGUUAUGAAGUCCCUCCUGCGCUAAACCUGGAUUGAAUGUAUGGGUUGUGGUUUAGCCAUUAGUCACCCUGGUAAUGAUAGGGGCCAUCUGUUUUGUAACGCUGUUCAGACAGGCUUUUAGUCAUUCUCCCAUACAUGGUCACAGACGCUACUGGUUCUGGAAAAUAAACAUUUCUAUGAAGGCGGUUUAGUCUGAAAUUAGUCAGCUUGCUUUUCCCAUGAUCAUUUGUUUUUUUGUUUUUGUUUUGUCAGGUUACUGUUCUGGUGAUUAUGAAUGAAAGAAAGAUUGAAGACAUCAAUAAAAUAUAUGCUUACAUUGUUAAACAGGAACUAAAUGUUUGUUGCAAUUGAGCUCAAAUUGAACUGGUGACCAUUCAGUCCAGAGCUCCGUCGACACAUUUGUGGCUUUUUUUGCACCCCUCCCUUGGAAAUAGUGUUUUUAGCUAACAAUGUACUUUCAGAAGCAUAAGCUUUCAGUUUUUUAUGUUAUCUGGAAAAAAAAAACCUUUACUAACUGUAACAGGACAUAAGAGGUCAUAGUAAUAAUGAUGAUGAUGCUAAAAUGGGACAUUUGUAUGUCUAAUAUAAGUGAUGGAUUUCUGCCAUAGAGGUUUUGAAAAGAACAUCUUCAAUGCCAGUGUACUCUUUGCUCUAAAAUAUCUUUAAAGAUCUGUGAAUUCC